AUGACCAACGAACUUGCCAAAGAUUCACGUGCGGAAGAAAUGAAGAUUAUUCAAAGCAUCAAUGCACUACUGAAUCCAGAAGAGCAGGAAGCCUAUAUGGAGCAUCAAACUGAUGACUCUAUAUCCCGGGAAAGAGGACCUGAGCGCAUGGAUAGACCUCAACACAACCAUACGCAUGAUGCUCCAGUCCAACGGUCUAACGAGAAUUCUACAAAUUGCUGA